CAGACAAAGAGUCAGCCUGAAUGAAGUUUAUAUGAAAUGUCCUUCUUUGGAGUUUCACCUUAUUUUGUUGCUGUUUUUAUUUUUGGAGCCUUUGAAAAAGGGCUCUGCCUUUAGCUACUUCGUAAUCACUUUUUACUCAGGAAACAUCAAUUGGUGGGAAUUCAAAGAGUAUAAAAAUAUACCAGGAUCAUCAUUAAGGACAAAACAACAGUCUCCAUCACUCAGGAGUUCCUAUUUCUCCACCCUGCAAUGUUUUAAAGAGGGAUUUAUAGAUGUGUGCACAGCUUGGACCACUGCCCUCCACCCGUGGCAGUAAAAUCAUCAAUGCCUUCAGAUUCAUCCCCAACAGCAGACACAGUGCUCUAACAGCAGUGAUCCAAACACAGCAGACUGUGCUGGCAGCAGUGGGAGAAGAUGCUGAAGUCAGCUGUCAGCUCUUGGAGACUAAAGACGUCCUUCAGGUCACAUGGCAGAAAAUCUCAAAUGAUGUUCAGGAAAAUGUUGCCACCUACAGCAAGUACUUUGGUCAGAGAGUGAAUGACGGGUUUACAGAUAAAGUUGAGUUUGUAUAUACUGGACUACAGAACUGCUCCAUAGUCAUCAGGAAUGUGACGGAGCAGGAUGAAGGAUGCUAUCGCUGUCUGUUUAACACUUAUCCUGAAGGCUCCUUCAUUGGUAGAACCUGCCUCCAAGUCUAUGAGCUGCAUGAACCUGUUGUUGAUGUCAGAGAGUCAAACUCUACUGAAGAGUGGGUUGUUUCCUGUUCAGCCACUGGUCGACCUGCUCCCACUGUAACACUCAGUGUCUCACAGCAAGACCUCAACUUCUCACAGUACAACACUGUCAGUGUGUCCAACACCAACGCUACAUUCACUGUCACCACUACAGCUGUGCUCUCAGGUUCACGUAAACACAGCACACAGGUGGGAUGUGCAGCACGAGUGCUCUCUGCUCCUCACAGAGAGGUGAUGGUGACGAUUCCUCAUGAUAACGAUGAGAAAUCAGGAUCUGAUCCCAGGAAUUUAGGAAUCAGAAUUUCAGCCAGUCUGUCGUCUGUGGUGUUGUUGGUGGCCUGUGUUACUGCACUCAUCUUUGUCUGGUAUAGAAAGAAAUCUCAGAGCAGUCAGUCACACAGGCAGGUUGAGAUGAAUGUUAUACCUACCUGAAGCUACGAUGAGAAAUACAGGGGACUCCAACACCUUCAGGUAAACAACGUGAUAAGUGGGUACCUGCUGACACCACAUGAUGAUCUGGGUCCUUCAUUUUCAACAGCAACAAAACUACAUAAUGAAAAAAUUGUACUUUUUUUGUUUACUUUUUUUCAAGAAGAGUGUAUUACCUAAAACAAUGGUGCUAACAUUUGACAAAUAACUGCAUUAAAGUUGUACUAAAGAAAAUGUCAAUUGUUACAUUUACAGUUAAAAUAGUUACAAUUGUAUUUUUUAUAAUAUCUUCUGAGCUAUAUAUUUAUAGCACACGUAGUUUUAUUUUAUUUUAUUUUUCAACAGUUUUAAAUGUUGUUAUUCCUUUUUACAUUUAGAAUUAUGUGACCAUGUUGUUUCUUAACAGAACAGCGCAAAAGUUUAACAAGCACUAAAAUGUGUUGCACUGAAACUUUUGUAAACUGUUAAAUAAUAUUAUUGUCCUGUACAUUUCCAUUUUCAUGUACUUGGUGCUAUUUAAUUUUUACACUGUUUUUAAAGUAUUUGAAAAAAAAUGAAAAUGCAAGGCAAUAAAAAAUUG